GGGAUAAGAGCGCCGCACAAGGCUGCGUCGAGCCGGCGCGUUGGCGGGUGGUGGCUCCGCGAUGUUGUUAGUGAUGCUGAGUCUGGCGGCGUUGUGCGGGGGUGCGGCGACCUCGGAGCCGACAAUUCAGUGUGGCUCUGAAUCCGGACCAUCUCCAGAGUGGAUGGUCCGACAUACUCUGACCCCAGGAGACUUGAGGGGCCUCCGAGUGGAACCUGUUAAAAGCAGUGAUGUGAUGGAGGACUAUUCAAUUUUCAUGAACAUAAGCUGGAUACUCCGGGCUGAUGCCAGCAUCCGCUUGCUGAAGGCCACCAAGAUCUGUGUGACGGGCAAAAGCAACUUCCAGUCCUACAGCUGCGUGAGGUGUAAUUAUACCGAGGCCUUCCAGACUCAGACCAGACCCUCUGGCGGCAAAUGGACGUUCUCCUACAUAGGCUUUCCUGUAGAGCUGAACACGCUCUAUUUCAUUGGGGCCCAUAAUAUCCCCAAUGCAAACAUGAAUGAAGAUGGUCCCUCCAUGGCUGUGAACUUCACCUCACCAGGCUGCCUAGACCACAUAAUGAAAUACAAAAAAAAGUGCAUCGAGGCAGGAAGUUUGUGGGAUCCAAACAUCACCGCUUGUAGGAAGAGUGAGAAAAUGGUAGAAGUGAAUUUUACAACCAGUCCCCUUGGAAACAGAUACAUGGCUCUUAUCCAAAAUACCACUGUAAUCGGCACUUCUUAUGUGUUGAAGCACCAGAAUGAACAAACUCGAACUUCUGUGGUGGUUCCAGUGACCAGGGAAAGUGAAGGUGCUGUGGUCCAGCUGACUCCGUAUUUCCAUACCUGUGGCAAUGACUGCAUCCGACGCAAAGCAGUCGUUAUGCUUUGCCCACAAGCAGAGGUCCCCUACCCUCGGGAUCACAGCAGAAGCGUCUUGGGUGGCUGGCUGCCUCUCCUCCUCUCGGCUCUGCUGGUGGCCACAUGGCUGCUGGCAGUUGGGAUCUACCUAACCUGGAGGCAUGAAAGGAUCAAGAAGACUUCUUCCCCUACUUCCACUCUACUGCCCCCCACUAAGGUUCUUGUGGUUUACCCAUCGGAAAUAUGUUUCCAUCACACGGUUUGUUACUUCACUGAAUUUCUUCAAAACCACUGCAGAAGUGAGGUUAUCCUUGAAAAGUGGCAGAAAAAGAAAAUAGCUGAGAUGGGUCCCGUGCAGUGGCUUACCACUCAGAAAAAAGCAGCGGAUAGGGUCAUUUUCCUUCUUUCCAAUGAUGUCAACACCAUGUGUGAUGGUACCUGCGGCAAGAGUGAGGGCAGUGCCCGUGAGAACUCCCAAGACCUGUUCCCCCUCGCCUUUACCCUCUUCUGCAGCGAUCUGAGAAGCCAAACUCAUCUGCACAAAUAUGUGGUGGUCUAUUUCAGUGAAGCUGAUACCAGAGACGACUACAGUGCGCUUGGCAUCUGCCCCACGUACCACCUCAUGAAGGACGUUACCGCUUUUCGCAAAGAGCUUUUCCAUAUCAAGCAGCAUGUGCCGGUGGGGAGAAGGCUGCAAGCCUGCCACAACAGCUGCUCCUCUCUGUAGCCACCCACGAAGCAGGUGACCUUAAAGCCUUACUACCCCUCCAAUUACAGGGAAAAAAGCAUCUGUGAUGAUUCUGAAGUUUCCUGUACAGGUUACUUGUAGGGAGAAUUACAGUCAAACCUUGAACCACCCAGGGAUUAAGGAUUCUGACAUUUUAACUCUUACAACUUUUUCUCUGAAAGCAUCUUUUUCUUAAUGCAGAGAUCACCAAAAGGCUGUUUGUAUUAGUAUUUGUAUUUUCCUAGGAAUGCUUAUUUUUUUCACAUAGUCCAAGACUGUGUCUGCUCUAGAAUGUGGAUCAGUUACAGGUGGAUGACUGUUAAAAUGUAAAUUAUCCUUAAUGGGCCAUGCCACUCCUUCCAAUACACGUCUUACAGAUAAAGACCACAAUGAAGAAGCAUAGUGUCCAGAUUCAUAAGCAACUACCUCGUACUGCCUGAGACAAUACAUUUAAUGUGAACGUUCACUUAUUUGUCAUAAUCAGUUUUCUGUGCCUGUAAAAGGAAGCAGACAUGGCUUAUGUCAAAACUUGGACCAGAAACCAACUUGAAUCAACACCUACCAGUUAUAAGAGCAAUAUGCUAUUAGGUGAAAAACUAUCAUAAACAGAAAUACUUAAUAUGCUUUUAGAACUAAGUAGCCAAUACUAAAUUGUAUUGAAGCAGCCUAGAAACAUAAAUAAGAAGAAACAUAAAUAAAAUCAGUAUUGUAUAAAUUUAAUUAUUUUGUUAAAAACCUAAAAACAAAAAGCAAAAAACAGCAAAACAAUUUUCAAAUUGAAGGCAAACAUCCCAAGUAGUACUAGCACGUAAAAAUUGUUACACUGGCAGACUCUUCGUUUCCGACCUACUGAGCAGAUCCUUAGGAUGAUUUAUGUAAAAUGCUCCAGUGCCAGCAUUUUUCCACGUCCUAAACCUUAAACCUCUCACCAUCCUUACUCUUUCUAUAUUCCCCUUCACCUGCAUCUCUUAUUUGUACCUACAUUCAUCUUACCCCACCCCCAUUCUUGGGAGCGAGAAGGUGCCUAGCAGAGAGUGGCAGGAAUCACGUAUCCUCUGCAUCCUCCCAGGUGUCUGAGCCCCCAGGCUGUGCUCACUGGCUCCUGUCUCCAAACCUCCUUCCUUUUCUCUGGCCAGGGGCUCAAAAGGCUGGACCAAGGCCUGGACCACUGGUGGUAACAGCUGUCUGUAUUUAAACUUUAGUUCAGACUGCUCACAGAUUAAGGUCAACUGAUCAUACUGAACAAAAAGAGCUCCAAAAACUUUCACUUCAUUUUCAGAUAAAGGAAAAUUAGGGACCUGAUGAUUAAGUUAGUAAUUCCAACAGUCACCUUGCUUUUCUGUAUGACAUAUUAACAAGUCUAAAUUAUACAAAAAUCAUUUCUACUUGGCUUUAGGAAGAAAAUGAGUUUCCUUUUAUAGUUUUUGUUCCAUUUGGGUCAAAUAAUGAUUGUUCUCCUUCCCAAGCCCACCCCAGAUCA